ACCAAUGAACCUAGAGACAAUUGGUAGCAAAGUUCAAGGAUUCUCAAGAGCACAUUUCUCAGAGAGAAAGAGAGAGGGAAUAGCGCUCAGGGAGCUGGGUUUGAAAGACUGAAAUGAUUGGAUAAUAUUUGCACUCUACAGAAAGGAAAUGCAAAUUGAAUGGUGACAGGGCUGGCCAGGUGAUUUAAAGGUCUAACAAAAUAUUAUUUAAGAAGAAAACAAGUGGAGAACAUGGCAGAGAGCAAAUCCAGCAUCAGCUCGAAAGGAGGGGCCAAUGUGCUUGCUAAACGGGUGCAGAAACAAUUCAACAGAGCACAGGAGAAGGUGUUGCAGAGGCUUGGCAAAUCUGAGGAGACCAAAGAUGAGCACUUUGAGCAGUACGCGAUGAACCUCCAGUCCCAACAGAGCGAUGGAUAUAGAAUAUACAAGGACCUAAAAGCGUACCUCAACGCUGUCACAGUAAUGAGAGAUGCCUCAGGUCGACUGUUUCAGUCCUUGUAUGAUGCCUAUGAUGAUAGCUGGGACGGCGCAGAGGAUCUUGGGGCAGUUGUGGAGGGAGAAGACCUUCUGUGGAAAGAUUAUGAGGACAAGCUGUGUGAUCAGGCAUUAAUCACAAUGGAGUCUUACAUGAGCCAAUUUCCAGAUGUCAGGGAAAAAGUGGCCAAGCGAAACAGGAAACUCGUAGACUAUGAUUCCGCUCGCCAUCAUGCGACAGGGCUGCAGAAUGCUAAAAAGAAGGAUGAUGUCAAAAUUGGAAAGGCAGAGGAUGAGAUGAAUGCAGCAAAGGCGAUAUUUGAGGGCAUGAACAAGGAGCUGAAGAUGGAACUACCUAUUCUAUUUGACAGUCGCAUAGGAUGCUAUGUCACAGUCUUCCAAGCCGUUUGCAACCUCAGAGACAUCUUCUACAAGGAACUUACCAAGAACAAUGAGGAUUUACAGACUGUAAUGAAAGAGCUGAGCAGCCAGCAUCCAGACAAGAGCUUUGUCGUGAAGAACUUCAACCGGUCUGGUUCCUUGAAGAGAAGGUCAUUUAGAGACACUUUGUCCCCCAGAUCACUUAAAAACUUUUAUGAUUUCCACACCAGUUACAACCCCAGGGGCUCUCUAAGGAGAGACAAUUCAUCCAGUUUUAAGUCUAAGAGACCCACAUAUGGGUCAUACAGCCCUAGGCAGACCAGCCCCACCAGCCCUCAUUCCCUUUUUGAGAACGUCCCUGGUGCAAAAGGCAGCCCUACAAGAUUAGAUUUUCCUACAGAGGAAGGUACCUCACCCCAUAAGCCACAACUAGAUAACACCAGCAGCUCUGAAGAUAAACCAGUGCAGGAAGACAAGAAAGCCAAAAAGAACGAGUCUUCUCAAGCCUCAGAUCAAGAUACACCAAAUGAAGAGGAGUCUUCUGACGAGGACAGUGAUGAGUGUGAACUGAAACCAAGCGCAAACUCUGAAUGCUCCAACAUCACAGAUCAAAAAACACCUGAGAAGGUGAGAGACGAUGGGCCUUCAGGUGCGGAGAAUGGAAUAGCCUGUGAGACUAAGUCAGAUCUGGAACAACCUGAGGCUUCAAUCAAUGCUCUUACCAAGGGUGACCGUCCAUCAGGAGAGGUGAAGGAGUGAGCGACAACAGAGGCCCCUAAAUAGCAGACAAAAGAAAAGACAGUGUUUAUUGGCAACACACUGGAAUCGGGCUGCAAAUGCACAACGUAAUUCUUGAUCUUUUGAGAUAUAUAUUUUUAGAUGUUUAAAUUGUGGGUUUUAAUUCAAGAACAGUUUCUUUUAGAAUAUAAUCUCUUUAAUGUAUUUUAUCCUAUGUGGUGGUCUUCCUUAAGCAUUUUAAUGUUUUUAGCUACAUAACUUAAUAAAUGACAUACUUUUAUCUAAUUGAUCAAAGAAAACAAUGGAAAUGUUACUUGGAUAAUGUACUUGCCAAUCAUCUAUCAUUAAAUAACUUAAUAAAAGUGAACUUGCCUCUCA